UCAAAUCAGAUAUUUUCAAGAUCCCACCACCUUCAUAAUUUAAGAAAAGUUGACUUGUUGGGAGCAAAAAAACAAUCAAAAGUUCGUGCAGUGUGAUUGAAUUUUCUUGAGCUGUAAUUGUAGCAGAGUUGACCCUCAGACCCUGUUAUAAAUUGACACGGGGAGUCAUGUCCACUGAAGAAUGACAUAUUAUUAUAUGUAUUUUCAGUUGCCAGAAUUGCCCGGAGAUUAUAACACAGCAGCGCCAGCCAGUAAUGUCAAUGCAAAGACUAGUCUAGGCAUAUAGAAAGAAUAACUGGUGUGCCCAACUCCAAUCCUAACACGGCGUAGACUUUGCAGUGCUUAUUUACCCUAUCCUAUCCUAUCCUGCUUGCAUUUUGGGAUCAAUCAAAACAAACAAACGACACUAUGGCUGAGGACAAGGCAGUAGAGAUCCCAAGAGUUCAACUUGGAAGUCAGGGAUUUGAGGUCUCAAAACUGGGGUUUGGAUGCAUGGGCCUGAGUGGGGUCUACAACUCUCCUGUCCCUGAGGAGGAUGGUAUCUCCAUAAUAAAACAUGCCUUCAGUAAAGGAAUCACUUUCUUUGACACAGCUGAUGUAUAUGGACCCCACUUGAAUGAAAUUCUUCUUGGCAAGGCUUUGAAGCAGUUGCCAAGGGAAAAAGUUCAAGUGGCCACAAAGUUUGGUAUUACUGGAAGACGUGAUCCUCCUGGAAUUACAGUGAAGGGCACUCCUGAGUAUGUCCGCUCAUGCUGUGAGGCUAGCCUCAAUCGUCUUGGCGUCGACUACAUUGAUCUGUAUUAUCAGCACCGGGUGGACACGACGGUGCCUAUAGAGGAAACCGUAGGUGAGCUCAAGAAACUGGUGGAAGAAGGAAAAGUAAAGUAUAUUGGGUUGUCUGAAGCCAGCCCGGACACAAUAAGGAGGGCACAUGCAGUUCAUCCCAUCACGGCUUUACAAAUUGAGUGGUCCCUCUGGACUCGUGAUAUUGAGGAAGAGCUUAUUCCAGUUUGCAGGGAGCUUGGCAUUGGAAUAGUUCCAUAUAGUCCUCUUGGUCGUGGUUUUUUCGGAGGCAGAGGAGUUGUGGAAAGUGUGGCUCCAAAUAGUUUUGUGGCCAACCAUCCUCGGUUUGUAGGAGAGAACUUAAACAAGAACAAGGAAAUUUACCAUCGAAUAGAAAGCCUUGCUAAAAAGCAUCAAACCUCUCCUGUUCAACUAGCACUAUCAUGGGUUCUCCACCAAGGAAAUGAUGUUGUGCCUAUCCCGGGGACAACAAAGAUUAAGAACCUGGAUUCAAACAUGGGCUCCUUAGGGGUGAAACUCAAGGUAGAAGACCUGAAAGAAAUUUCUGAUGCUGUACCAAUCGACCAAGUCGCCGGUGAUAGCAAUAGCGGAAUCCUGAUGCAGUGGCAAUGGAAGCUCGCCAACACUCCUCCAAAACAUUCAAAGUCUGAGCUUUAAGACAUGGACACUUUUCCAUCUGAGUCUUGGGACUUCAAUGAUAAUGUACUUUGUUCAAUUGAUUGCAAAUACUGUAGACAAACCCUAUCACCAAUAAAUUCCACUACAAUUAAUUGCUCU